AUGGGAAUGGCAACUUUUCCACAGGACCCAAUACUGGUCCAGCUUCUUAUUGCUAGUCAACAUGUUGCUGACCCAGAACCCAUGAUUCACGAUGUCAUGGGCUUCUCGAAAAGCUAUGGGCAUCUGCUUGGGGACAUACUCGCCACGCGCCAGCGUCUCCUGCUGCAGCUUCCUGAAACAGUGCUGGAUCAGAGAGGAUUGCUGAAGGAAGUGUCUCCAUAUAUUUUUCUCUUUUACCAAAGCGCUUACGAAUUCUUGGUUGGCUUUUUCGCCAUACGCGCCCUUGGUGGCGCUGCCAUGCCCCUGUCCGAGGGUAUCCUUCCAGAAGAGGCAAAGUAUUUUCAGUCAAAGACGAGAGCAUCAUGCAUCCUUUUUGGCAAGGGCUGUGAUGUAAAGGUUGCUGCCAUUUGCGCAGCAGUGCUCGAAAGCAAUGACUCGCCUCUAUUUGCAUCGUGCUCCAUUUGCACAGAUGCCGACGCGCAAGUCGCAGCCAACGUGGCAAUUGACGACGCGCAAUCUUUAGAUCCAAGUGGCCCUGGUAUCGUAUUUCUCACAUCAGGCACCUCGGGUCCCCCAAAGGCAGCAGUACUUCCCAGGCGGAGCCUCGCCGUCAAGUACCUUGUCCCGGCGGGAAGCGCCUCCCUCAACCAUCGAGCGGGCCAUUGGAUUGGUGGCGCUGAUACAAUGAUUGAACCAAUCUUGACCGGACAUACCUUGCACUGCAUCGGCUUCAAAGCGACUCUGGAUGAGGUUUUGCAGGCCUAUGUCAACAACCGCAUCACUCACGCCAUGUUUGCCCCUCGCGUACUAGCAAGCCUGAAGGAUGCCAUUGUCGGACCAUCGGGCACCCUCUCAGAUGACGUCAAAGCAAAGUAUUCUGACUUAUUCAGAGGUCUGCCGACAAUUUUGUGCGGAGGAAACUUUAUUGAUCCGGCCGUUGCCAGUUUCUGGGUCGAAUUGACAGGUCGACCGCUUCAAAACUUUUACGCAAGCACCGAAUGUGGCAUCAGAGUGUGUAGCAGUAUCUCUGGGCCUGAAGGUUGUAUCGGAGUUCCCGUUGAAGGUGUAGAGAUGAAGCUAUCUCGUGAGCCGGUGGGCGAAAUCAGGCUCAGAAGCGCGACAAUGUUUACUCAUUACAUUGGGGACAUGGAGGCGACCCGUGCGGCUUUUGACGCGGACGGCUUCAUGAAGACGGGGGACCUUGGGAAGCUUCAGGACGGCCAGUACUACAUCCUCGGCCGUGAGAACAUUGACUAUGUACGUUUCGGGCACUUGGAAUUCCCAGCGGCCGAAGUGGAAAGAGCGCUGCUCAAUCUUCCGUAUAUAUCAGAGGCUUGUGUCAUUGGAGUGCCAUUCCGCAAUCCUCCGCAGUUAUGCGCCGCGAUCAUUCGGGAGCACCCCGCGCAGGACGGCGGCUCCAGCAGGUCAGCAGCGUCAAGACCAGCAGCGGCCUCCCUGGGGGACGUCCGAAGCGCACUGCAGGACUCCGGAGUACUGCCCCUCUAUAUGCUUCCUUUUCUGCUGCGGGUGCUCGGCGAAAAUGAAGCGCUGCCGCUGACGCAGUCUGGCAAGGUGGCAAAGGGCGCAGCGUUGAAAGCUUUCUUUGGGGGAACCGGACCGCACUCGGCUGACAGCCUGCCAACGGAAGUCGAGGUCUGGAACUCGAUUCCUGCAGCAGACAAACUAGGUGUUGCGGAGGGAGAAAAGACUAGGAGAGCCUGGGACUGGGGUGGACUCCAGACGGUAUAA